AAAAAAAAAAAAAGAAAAUUUUCAAAUCCUGAAGUAACAUCCCCAAUAAUAUAAAUCUAACAAUAAUUCUAUAAAAACCUCAUUGUAAUAUGUUUGCGUAAUUUUCAUAAAUCUUACAAAAAGGACACGGUUCCUUGAUUUUUUUAACUAAUUUAAGACCUAAGAGAGAACAGGUCUACAACAGGUCUACAUCAAAACAACCUUUCAUUUCUAGUUCUUUGUAUAUAAGUAGUAUAUUCAUAUCUAUACUCAAUAAUCGUGAGCAGUCUUAACCACAGUCUACUGUUACAGUACAUUCUAUUCAAUAGAAAGAAAUAUACAACAAUAUAUAUAUUAAGCCCUAUAUAGAUAUAUAGUAAUAUAGUACAAAUGAUAACACUACAAUUCAUUCGUGACCAAUUAGCUUUUUUAAUAUAUCAACCAAGAAAUGAGGAUUAUAUUUAUUUUAUAGUCUGUAAAAAAGUUUUGCUAAGUCAUCCUACUUCUUAUCAUGAUGAUAAUUACGUUAAUUAUGAUUAUGAUUAUGAGUUUAUUAUAAAAAGUUCAGAUGAUCCCACAAUAGUGUUUCAUGUGACAUGUAAAGUGAUACCAAAUCCCCUAAAUUUAAUUUUUAAUUUAUUAUGUGGAUUUGAUUCUGAUGUAACUGAAUUGAAACGUCGAUAUUUAUUGACUUUACACCAAAAGCUAAGUCUUGAACAAGACUUAGAAAGAAUUCUCCCUACAUACUUCCCACAACAUCCUAUCUCUGAUAGUGAAACUACAUUAGAUUCUAAUGAAAAUUUAAAUUCUUCACGUGAUACUAUUGAUAGUGACACACAAUGAUUGUAAUAUUCUCUCAAUUUUUACCAUGAUAAUUAUUGUAACAAUGCAGGAUUUGCGCAAAGGAUGCAAGAAAUAAAAACAUUUAUUGUGCACCCAGCGAUCAAAAUAAACAUAUUACUGUAGACGGUGUAGAGUACAGACAGUAGUAACGCCGGGUAUUUACAUGAUAAUUAUUUAUACAUAUAAUGAAAGGUUACGUUGUAUCAUUAUUUAUGGGCUUUUUUAAUUCUCUAACUUUGAUACAUAAAUAUACACAUAUUUAUUAAUUU